ACUCAGCGCAAAGACAACAAAGAACAAAUAUUGAACCUUUAAAAUUGCGCACGCAACGAGGCACGAGGGUGUGGUCAAGUAGAAAAAUUUGAUAAACAUGGCUGAAGCGUCGAAAUUCAACUCCGGAGAUGAGAGGUGGAGUCUGAAGGGAAAGACGGCUCUGGUGACCGGCGGAACGAAAGGCAUCGGACAUGCCAUAGUAGAAGAGUUAGCAGAGUUUGGGGCCAUAGUUCACACAUGUUCCCGCAACCAAGUUGAAUUAGAUCAGGGUUUGAAUGAAUGGAAAACUAAAGGUUUCCAAGUAACUGGAUCAGUGCGUGAUGUCUCACACAAAGACCAAAGGGAAAAGCUAAUAGAAACGGUUGCUUCUCUGUUUCAGGGGAAGCUCAACAUCCUUGUUAAUAAUGUGGGGACAGGAAUUUUAAAGAAUGCUACAGAAUUCACAGCCGAAGAUGUGUCAAAAUUGAUGGCUACAAAUUUUGAGUCAGCUUACCAUCUCUCCCAACUUGCACACCCUUUGCUGAAAGCCUCCGGAAAUGGAAGCAUUGUGUUCAAUUCUUCCAUUUCUAGUGUCAUGGCUUUUCCUUCUUGUGCCCUCUACGCAUCAACAAAAGGAGCGAUCAAUCAACUUACAAGAAACUUAGCGUGUGAGUGGGCAAAAGACAAUAUUCGUGCUAAUACAGUUGCUCCUGGGUUUACUAAUACCCCAUUGUUUGACACUUUAACGGGAGAUCCAAAAAUAGGAAAAGAAACUACAAGGCAAUUAAUUGCUCGAACUCCGAUUAGCCGCCUUGGAGAGCCUAACGAAGUCUCAUCAGUGGUAGCGUUUCUUUGUCUCCCUGCGGCUUCAUAUAUCACUGGCCAGAUUAUUUAUAUUGACGGCGGACUUACUGUGAAUGGCUUUCCAAUAUCUCAGUAAUCUUUUUUAGGUAUUUAUAUAAUUCUCAAAAUAAUUGAUGAACUUACUCUCAAAGUACAUGAGUCAAGAUUUUUAUCAUUUACCGUAUGGAAGGCACCAGAACAAUAAUUAUUGUAUAAUGAAGAAUUCAUUUCCAAAGUAAAAUAAUGGUGCCACCAUUUCUUGUUAUUGCUUAGAACGGUUUUUUAUGUAUUCUUUUUC